AUGGGGAGCGGUGCCAGCGCAGCAAUUACUGCCGGUGCAAUGUCUGGACCUAAAGCGGCAGGCCGUAGCAAAAGGCGAUUGAUGAAGGUCGGUUUCCUUGAGCAAACGAAAGCCUUCCAGAAAGGUGAAGAUUUGGACGUGGAGUUUUUCGGAACAACUGGGAAGAACAUUCUAAGGCAGAGUGAUUUGGGACUGGGCGGACUGGUGGAUUGGCGCCAGCAUAGUGGAGCUCGGUGGAUGAAGUCUCCGAUGAAGCUUUCUCGGAUUGGCAUCACCCGUUUGCCCCCAUGCACGUGGCGGAUGUCACGGACACCAGCCAUCACUGAGGCUCGACUCAUGACUCCAGACCAGCGAAAGGCCAUGCUAGCGAUCAACGCUGCAAAGGAAAGAAGGGCGCAGAAAGGUCAGCGGACGGACGCCAAACUGCGCAUGGACGCGGUGGUUCCACAGGCUUGCCAGCAAACAACUGUGCAUGUGGACUUGAGAAGCCUUUGGAUGAUCGAAGAGGAGGAGGACUUCGAUGAGCCACAUGGCAGUGGAUCCACUCUGACUGGCGCUUCUCUCCCCUGGGUGCCAGAUGACGAAGUCCGCUAG